UCAUGUUCUUCAAGAAAUUAGUAAUUUUUUGUGUCCUCAUUGUAGGUGUUAACUCUUCUUUAACUACUGCCUACUACUCAGUUCUACUUACUAAAAAAAUUGCUGAAAGUCUUAUUUAUCAACUUCCUGAACGCAAUUCAGAAUUUCAACGAGGACUCGAUUCAAAUAAAACAACUGAUUUGGGAAAUUAUGACUUUAUUAUAGUAGGAGCUGGGUCUUGUGGAAGUGUUUUAGCAACAAGAUUGACAGAAAUAAGCAACUGGAAAAUUCUCGUGCUAGAAGCAGGAGGUGAAGAAAAUGAUUUUAGUAACAUUCCUGCAAAUUUCCUGUUUCUGCAAUUCAGUGAUAUGAACUGGGGGUACUACAGUACGCCUCAAAAAAAUUGUUGUUUAGGAAUGAAAUAUCAGAAAUGUAUGAUCUCUCAAGGUAAAUCUAUAGGAGGUAGCAGUGCCACAAAUGCUGUGAUUUACGCGAGAGGUAAUCCUCUAGAUUAUGACCGUUGGGAAGCUUUAGGUAACCCAGGUUGGUCGUACAAAGACGUGCUUCCAUACUUCACCAAAUCGGAAAAUUCGCAAAUUGACGGCGAUCCAGAUUAUCACGGAAUUGGGGGUUUCUGGAACGUUGAAUAUUCAUUUCCAGCUUCAGAUCUUUAUGAAAAUUUUAUCACUGCGUGUGAUGAGUUAAAUAUGACACGUCUUGAUUAUAACGGUAAAAAACAAAUCGGUUUUGAUAAAUCACAAAUCAAUACAAAACAUGGGAAAAGACAAAGUUUGGGUACCGCUUUCCUAGAUAAUGCCCGAAAACGGAAAAACAUCGAUGUCGUAACUAACGCUCUAGUGACCAAAAUUAUAAUAAACCCACAAAGUAAAGAAGCAAAAGGGGUUGAAUUUGUCACCAAAAACAAAAAAUACUCGGCAACGGCUGACAAAGAAGUCAUACUUUCGGCAGGGGCGGUAAAUUCGCCCCAAAUCUUAAUGUUGUCAGGGGUAGGUCCCAAAAAACAUUUAGAAGAGUUGGGUAUUGAAGUAAUUGAGGACUUGCCAGUUGGUGAGAACUUACUCGACCAUCCCCUUUUUCCCGGUCUGGUAAUACAAACCAAUUACACACUUUCCGAUACAACAAUCAAAAUGUUGCUAGAACAAUAUUUAAAAGGGCAAGGGCCGUUAACAAGUUCAAUGCUGGAAACCAUCGGCUUCAUUCACACUGGGGACGGUCCUGAGGACCUCCCCACCGUUGAAUACUUGUUUAUUCCUCCGAGCGGCCCCACUCAGCCAAUUUUAAAACGAAUUUACAAUUACGACGUCAACCUCGCCCUCAACUUCUUGAGCAGAAUCAACUCACGGAGCGACAUUACGGUAUACUUGACCCUCUUGCAUCAAAAAUCCAAAGGGAGAAUCACUUUACAAUCAAAGAAUCCAAUCGACUUUCCUCUCGUCGACUUGAACAUGUUUGCAGAAGCAGAAGACAUUGAUAAUUUAAUUGAAGGAAUCGAGUUCGUUAUGAACUUAACAAAAACCGAAGCUUUCAAAAAAAUCAAUGCCAAGCUCCUCGAUGUACCCAUUUGUAGCGACUUUACCAAGCAUUCGAGACAAUACUGGGAGUGCAUGAUUCGUCAAAUGGCACAAACUAUUUAUCAUACGUGUGGCACCACCGCAAUGGGGCCAAAUAAGACAACUUCCGUUGUCGAUAGAGAUCUUAAAGUCCACGGAAUUGAGAAGUUGAGGGUUGUUAGUGCCGCAGUUUUUCCAACGACCAUUUCGGGACACGCAAAUGCACCCGCUGUUAUGGUCGCAGAGAAAAUUGCCGAUGCAAUUAAAAAAGAAUACGCUUAAUAGUGUUAUUUAUUUUAAUAAAGUAUUAAUCUUCAACUGAUGAAAAAUUUAUAAGUCAACGGUCUGAUAAAUACUUAGCCAAUCGCAGCUGCAAAACGUGUAUAACAUAUUUAAAUGUCUUGUACUCGAAUUACAUACACAAAUAUUUCAUUCAUAAUAAAUUAAAAGUCGACCAUCAA